AAACGAUGGAGCGCUCCUACUGGGACAUCGACUCCAUCAUGGCGGAUAGCCAGCGCGUCCCAUGCACUUUCAACCUGUGUGUUCCCGGCUUGGGGCAUCUGAGCGGCGGCAACGAGCAUGACCUGAAGGAGGGGACGCGGCUAGAGUUACCGUUCUGGUUCGCCGAGAUGAUGGUGAUGCACGACCUGGUGACGAUGCAACUUCCUAAACCGUACGCUCAGCGCGUAAAAGCAGCUCUCGACGCCGAAGCAACUAGCGUCAACCUUCGCAACCUUUGCAACUGGUGGUACGCACUUGGCCUGCGCAUAGACAGUUUGUCGAAUAACCUCGCAGAGUCGCUCUCGAAGACCUAUUUGGCGCGUCUGGCUCGCGUAUACUCUAGUGCACAGCAUCUCUCAUCCGCGUCGCUUUCAGUCUUCGGGGAAUCGAACUUCAGCGGCGGCGUUUCCUCGGGAGGCGGAGGUGGCAGUGGUGAUGGGCCCGCCGGCGGUGGCGGUGGAGGCGCCCUGGAGAAGCUCGGCAUCGGCAGAGCGGCUAUUGCCACUGCCGGCACAGGUGCAAACGGCAGUGGAGGAGGUUCCGGAGGCGGAGGCAGCAUGAGUGCCGAGAUGAGCGAGUUUUUACAUGGCCUGGAUGAGAGUGAGAAGCUAUUGCUGAGGGAUGCGAACAUCUCGAACAACAUCUCUCGCGCGUAUCUCGCUGGUCGACGAUAAGGUAUCAUUGAUUCACACACCACGCAUCAGUAUGCCCCACAUAUUUGCAGCACAAAGCGCAACAACAUAUUGUAUUUCUAACCAGCAACGCCCAUUAAUAGCUUCACA